AUGGUUUCUCGCCAGAUUAAACUUACAGUUUCCUACCUUUCGAUCCUUCUAAUAUCAUGCGUUACUGGUACUCAAUAUCUUUUCUCAGCAUACAGUACCAAAAUACAAGAAAGGUUAGGUUUUAGUUCUGUACAAAUAAACACUAUUGGAAGUGCUUGUAAUUAUGGAGUAUUUCUGAGUAAACCAUUUCUCGGCUAUUUUGCUGACAAAUAUGGUGCUAGAAG